CAAAUUGCUUCUGAUGAGAGAUUGAGAGAGAGACAGAGACAGAGAGAUGGGGAGAAGGAAAAGAACGGAGAUCCCAGAAACCCAAAUCCAUGGAGGAGUGGAUAGAGAUGCAGAAAGAGAGAGAGAAUCAGAAGUAGGGACAGAGAAAGAGAAGGGGGGAAAGUUCUUCGCAUGCUAUCUGCUGACUUCUCUCAGCCCCAGGCACCAGGGCCACACUUACAUCGGAUUCACAGUGAAUCCGCGGCGUAGAAUUAGGCAGCAUAACGGGGAAAUGAGGUCCGGUGCCUGGAGGACCAAGAGCAAGCGCCCUUGGGAAAUGGUAUUGUGCAUAUAUGGCUUCCCUACCAAUGUAGCUGCUCUUCAGCUUGAGUGGGCCUGGCAACACCCAGUAGAAUCACUGGCUGUAAGGAAGGCAGCCGCAACAUUUAAGUCUCUCUCAGGACUUGCCAAUAAGAUUAAAUUGGCUUACACAAUGCUUACCCUUCCAUCCUGGCAGAGCUUGAAGCUGACAAUAAAUUUUUUCUCAACGAAAUACCAAAAGCAUACUUCGGGUUGUCCAAGUUUACCAGAGCACAUGAAGGUCCAAAUUUGUUCCAUGGAUGAGCUUCCAUGUUACACAGGAGGUGAUUGGAAUGCCUGUGAAAAAGAUGAGUGGGAUGAUGAUGAAGAAUGUGAUGAAACUGGUGGAUUCCAGCGAUCAACAACAGAAGGAUCAGUGCAUCCAACAAAUCAUAAUUCUGCAGAUACUUUUAAUGGCAUUGAAGAAAGUACUUGUCAACCAAUCGGAUGGAUGGAAGAAAGUGGAGACGAACAAACUAGAGGGAUAGAAGAAUUUGGUGCGAGGCUGCCAAGGGACUCAUCCAGUAGAAUGAAAGAGCUUCGACAGCCAUUUUGUCUCAACAAGUCCCCUGUGAGAGCAUUAUUAUCAUCUGAACAUAUCACAAUAGAAAUUGAAGAUACGUUCAGAUUGAUUGAAGAGCAUGGUUUUGAAAUGAAACCGCCCGCUGCAAAACAUUUGACCACUAAAAUAGCUGCAGAAAAAAGUCAGCAUUUGAUAAAGAGUUAUAUUGCAUCAUCUGAAGUUGAAAUCAUAGAUGUGUUUACUCCUUCGCCUGCCAACAAAAUCAUCUCAAGCAGCAAGAAGAGAAGAUUCUCUACUUUUUGUCCCGAAAUCAUUGAUUUGACCAAGUCACCCAUUUUUGUUUAA